AUGUACCGUUGUAACGUCAGCGGGCGCCACAUCCGUGGCAGCAGGGAACAUCUUACUACCUUUAGUACCGAAGAUGUAAAUGUACCCUACCCAAGCCGUAGCACCGUCAGCAGCGUACGGCAACAGCAGCAGGGAGGGGGGGAUUCACUAGCCGUUAUAGCGUCAGCAUCGGCAGAGAGGGAGGGAAUCCGCGAGCCGGCGUACCGUCAGCAGCGGCAGGACGGAGGGGAUUCAUUAGCCGCUGUACCAUCAGCAUCGGCAAUGAGGGAGGAGAUCCACGAGCCGCAGUACCGUCAGCAG